GUGGAAGCGCCCAGGCGAACGGACUUCGUGUCGCGCUUCGCAGACAGUACAACGUUUCUAGUCGGUAUCUACUUCGUAAUUCUCGUCAACUGCUUGUUCAUGACGUAUGCCGCCGACACGGAGAUCAAGCACUACGACCGAGAUCCAACUGUUUUUUUUGUAAUCGGCGAGCUUGUAUCGAAGACGUGUAUACUCGCUCGAGUUGUUCAUCAAGUUAUGGCGCUACCGCUUGUACUUCUUCUGCGAUAG